AUGUACAAGGAGCAUGAAGCCACACUUCAACCCGAAGUGGCCAUGGAUUGCCCCAACCUCUAUCAUUUCAUAUGGUCCUCCAAGAAAUGGAAACUAGCUCUGCCAAUGAAUGUCUCUUAUUCAAUUGUUUUUAGUUACAUUGGAGGAAAGAAAUCCCAGAAGAUUUCUAACCUGGGUGACAUGGGAGGGGGGGAAUCCACCAUCAUCACUAUGGUGGGAACUCAUUGA